AUGAGUAAGGUCAAUCAGGAUUCGUUAGACAAUUACAAUCCAUUUUCUGAUCCUGCCCCAAGAUAUGAAACUUUAACACCUGAUGAUAAGGAAUCAAUUCCAGAUGGUGGGAAUACAGAUUAUGGUUUUGAUAUUCCACCACCACCGCUUCCACCUAUGGAAGUCCAUCCACCGUUUACAAAGGCUACUGCUGGUAAUGAAAGUAUCUUGGCGCUAGAACGUAGGCAGGCUGAACUUGAAGCUCGUGCAGCUGAACUAGAUCGUCGGGAGAAAGAACAACAGGCUCGUAUGAAUUCAAUUCAGUCGACUCCAAAUCCUCAUAAUUGGCCUCCAUUUCCAUCAUUCUGUCCAUGCAAACCGUGUGUUAGACAAGACUUUGAUAAUGAUAUACCAUAUGAUUGUCGAUGGAUGGCUAAAAUGGGCUAUGGUAUCUGGUUAGGUUAUGCUGCAUUGUUAUUACUAAAUAUGGGUGGGACACUAGGCUACUUUAUUGUUGGUCAUGGAGCAGCUGAAGGACCGUUAUUUGGUGCUUCCAUCUUGUUAGCGCUGGUUAUGCCACCUGUCAGCUUUUUUGGUUGGCAUCGGCCUUUGUAUAAAGCAUUGAGGUCAGACAGUUCGAUGAAUUAUUUCAUAUUUUUCAUUUUCUUUUCUGGACAAACUAUUAUCAUUUUAAUACAAUGUCUUGGAAUCGAUUAUCUUGGAUCAUGUGGUUGGAUUAAUGGAAUAAAAAUCAUGAAUUACAAUGACGGAUUUUGUGCUGUCCUACUAUAUAAGGUGCAUAGAUACUAUCGAUCAUCUGGUGCUAGCCUUCAAAAGGCAAAAUUAGAAAUGACUAAUGCCACCGCGUAUGAACAUGCUACAGCAUUCGGUGCAAUGCCGUGA